UAUCUUCUCAGGCCCCUGUGGAUGUUUACUCCAUUACACUAUCACUUUACUGUGUAUUUGUCCAGUACUAAGUUGUAUAGUACAUAACACUAUGAACUAAUUUUGGAUGGCUUCACUUCCAGGUAGUAUGAGAGUAAUAUGCCAAGAUACACAGUGCAUGUGCGGGGAGAGUGGUUAGCAGUGCCUUGCAAAGAUCCUACUAAAACCAUUAGAUGUCUGGGCAAGGAGGCACUGAGGAGGUACAUAAAGAAUAAACCUGAUAAUGGAGGGUUUGAGUCUCUGGAGGAUGUCAAGUUUUACCUUCGGAGAUGUAAAGGUUUGGGCUUAUUGGACCUUGAUGACACAUUAGAAGAUGCAUUGGAGAAUAAUGAGUUUGUUGAAGUUGUUGUAGAAGGAGAUGUGAUGUCACCAGAUUUUAUACCCUCUCAACCAGAAGGUGUUCAUUUAUAUAGCAAAUAUAAGGAGCCAGAACAGUAUAUUAACAUAGAUGGAGAGACUUUGACAACAGUUGAUUUGCUAAACCUAGGAAAAGGACUGUAUAAAAUAAAGCUCACUGCAGAGGCUGAACGCAGAGUUAAGCAGUCCAGGCUUCUCAUAGAGAACAUUGUGCAAGAAAAUAAAGUGGUGUACGGAAUCACUACAGGAUUUGGGAAGUUUGCUCGCACUGUUAUUCCGAUCGGCCAGCUCCGGGAUCUUCAAGUCAAUCUUGUACGGUCUCAUUCAGCAGGAGUUGGAAAGCCUCUAAGUCCUAAUCGUACCCGCAUGCUUUUGGCUUUAAGGAUCAAUGUCUUGGCAAAAGGAUAUAGUGGGAUUUCCCUAGAAACACUUCAACAAGUGAUUGAAGCAUUUAAUGCAUGUUGCUUGCCCUACAUUCCAGAGAAAGGGACUGUUGGAGCUAGUGGAGACCUUGCACCUCUCGCUCAUCUUGCUUUAGGCUUAAUAGGAGAAGGCAAGAUGUGGUCACCCAAAAGUGGCUGGGCUGAUGCUAAAUAUGUUCUUGAGGCUCAUGGACUAAGAGCUGUGUCUUUAAAACCGAAAGAGGGUCUAGCUCUUAUUAAUGGGACCCAGAUGAUCACAUCUCUGGGAUGUGAAGCUGUGGAGAGAGCUGCUGCAAUCGCCAAACAAGCUGACAUUGUUGCUGCCCUCACACUGGAAGUCCUAAAGGGCACUACAAAAGCCUUUGAUUCUGAUAUCCACAAACUACGUCCUCAUCCUGGACAGGUAGAAGUGGCCUUUCGUUUUAGAUCACUCCUGGAUUCUGAUCAUCACCCUUCAGAGAUAGCAGAAAGUCACAGAUUUUGUGAUCGAGUUCAGGAUGCUUACACACUUCGUUGCUGCCCACAGGUACAUGGUGUGGUAAAUGAUACAAUUGACUUUGUGAAGAACAUCAUUGAGACUGAACUUAACAGCGCAACAGACAAUCCUAUGGUUUUUGCAGAAAGAGGGGAAACCAUAUCAGGUGGUAAUUUUCAUGGUGAAUACCCGGCAAAGGCCUUGGACUAUCUCGCCAUUGGGGUCCAUGAACUUGCUGCAAUUAGUGAGAGGAGAAUUGAAAGACUCUGCAAUCCCUCUCUCAGUGAGCUGCCAGCAUUUCUAGUUACAGAAGGAGGCCUAAACUCUGGCUUUAUGAUCGCACAUUGCACAGCUGCUGCCCUAGUUUCUGAAAAUAAAGCUUUGUGCCAUCCAUCCUCUGUGGAUUCCCUCUCAACUAGUGCUGCUACUGAAGAUCAUGUGUCUAUGGGAGGCUGGGCAGCAAGGAAAGCUCUAAGAGUCAUUGAACACGUAGAACAUGUGUUGGCUAUUGAGCUGCUUGCAGCCUGCCAGGGAAUCGAAUUUCUACGCCCUCUUAGAACCACAACUCCAUUGGAGAAAGUCUAUGACCUUGUACGCUCUGUUGUUAGGCCUUGGAUGAAGGACCGUUUCAUGGCUCCAGACAUUGAGGCAGCUCAUAGAUUACUUGUUGACCAGAAGAUUUGGCAAGUGGCAGAACCAUAUAUUGAGAAGUACAGAAUAGAGCAUAUCCCUGAAUCCAGACCAGUGUCUCCUACAGCCUUCUCGGUGGAGUCCAUUACUGUGAUUAGCUCCUGUACACACGACCACCGUGGUCAAAAUGAGUCUUGAGGAAGACUAUGCUUUCUGAAACUUGUAUGCCUUAGUGCAUCAGCAUUACUGAGGCGUUUCUCAUGAUGGUUAAACUCUGUGUUCAAUGUUUGUAACCUAGUAACAAAUUCUAUACUCAAUAUACUGUAUAAAAGCUA